AGUUGUAAACAAAGGAAUUUAAACGUCGAUUCGCGUUGAAGACAAACAAAAUUACUUCAAUUUACUCGUUUCUACUGAUGUCAGCGGAUAUUAUUGACAUCGUGGCUUCAUUUGGAUCAUGAUUAUGGCUGGGGAUUCUUUUCCUUGGUCAUACUCUUGUUAAAUAGAGGGAAAUGGCGAAAUAUAUAACUUAGCAUGGCGGGGAUGAUAGAAAGAAUAUUCCCAAUUAAUUGCAGUCUUAAGGUAUUAGAAGAUUAUGUUGGAUAUAAGCUGUCAUCAGUUCCUUCGUUAUGUAUUAUUGGUCCAGCAAAGUCACUGAAAACUGCUCUUCUAAUGCAAGCAGCAGUGACAGAGGGUGAAGCAGGAGGACAGGUACUGUUCAUGGCUCCACAGAAACUCGCCCGCCUCCCCCCUCCUGUCCACGGCAUGCCCCCUCCCUCGUCACCUGCUAUGAACAACAUAAGGUUCCUAUAUGCCGAUUGCACAACAGAACUAUACAGGUAUCUGGCAUCCUUGCAUAUGGUUCCAGAGAAGGACAGGCCUAGUCUUAUUAUCAUUGAUGAUCUUCAUACCUACAGCACACUUCCAGAAUGUGGAGAUGUUGCAACUCAGAUGGUCAAUGCUGCAAGGAUACUUUCCCUUGCACAAGAAUCUGCAAGGUAUUGUAGCAGUAAUGUUGCAGGUGAUGAUCAUGGUGCAGGAAACAAUACUGCAAAGCAAUGUAGUGUUUUAGCCGCCUGGACACAGUGGUCCUCUGACCCUCUGAAACACGCAGAGUUAGAAGGCUUUGCUAGGACCUUCUGCCACCAUGUCUGGACCCUUCAUGAGAAUAAAAAGGGUAGCAGUAAAAAUAUAGUCGAAUACAAUAUGGUUCAAGAAUUCACAGGAGCAACGUUUACUUUAAACUUUUCCGGCCACCACGUUGGUCACAGAUCCAACUACAUCCUUUUUCAUGAACUUACGCUUGAGGAGGAGGAGGAAGAGGAGAAGGAAGUAAAGAAGGAAGAGGAGGAAGAAGAGGAGCAGGCAAUAAAAAAGGAAGAGGAGGAAAAAGAAGAGAAGGCAAUAAGAAAGGAAAAGGAAGAGGAGGAAGAUGAGAAGGCAGUCAGAAAGGAAGAGAGGAAGGCAAUAAAGAAGGAAGAGGAGGAGGAGGAGAAGAAGUUAAAGAGGAAGAAGAAGAAGAAGAUAGAGGAGGAAUGGAAAGCUAGCAAAGGAGAAUCGUCAAAAUGCACUGAAAGGAAAAGGCCACACCAAUCUACAUAAUGAAAUAAGUAUGUAAUUCCUGAAAACUUUAUUAUUUUUACAAAUAUUAUGAUCAGAGUUUUUGAUAAAGGAAAUGUACUUUAAUAUAUUUUUAUGUAUCAAUACAUAUGAGGGCUACUUUUUUAGAAUCUUAUGGCGAAUGCAAAUGAACUUGUCCCAGAACCAAGAUCUGCAACAUCAAGAAAUUAAGCCUUUCAUGCAAUGUGCAAUAUAUCUUAAUCCCAGAACUCCCUAAACUCAAGCUGUAUUCCGGUAUUUUUCCUUACCACAGCAAAGGUUAUAUCUCACAGUUCUUGGAUUAAAGAUUCAUAUCCUCAUUAGUUUUAAUUUUGUAUGUUAUGAACGUAUGUCUCAAGUUCCCGUUAAUUCCUUCUCUUUUUAUAUCGGCUUCAUAGUUUAUGUUAUGAAUUGUUUUUUGUUUUUUUUUACAGCAUUGGAGAAUAUAUUUAUAUGAAAAUGUU